UGCUGCUCGUACGUAACACCAACACGCACUGUCUGCAACGACAGGCAAUCACUUCUGAUUCACUUUACUGCCAGACAGUACUUUUACAUCUUGGAGACGCCAGCGACGACCAGCUUUGUGUUUUUUUGCAUCGAGGUUGUCCUUCGAGAGAAAGGAUACAGGGUCCACCAUCGCCUUUUUUUAGCCUCACCUCUGUAGAUCCACAGCUGGAAAGUUGCUUCCCCGUGGUCAACGUGGGCAUCAGCUCCAACAAGCAUGGCCGAUUACUUAAUCAGCGGUGGCACAGGCUACGUCCCCGAAGAUGGUCUCUCUGCUCAGCAGCUCUUCUCGAUUGGAGACGGCCUCACGUACAACAGAUCUGACCAACAGUGCGUUGACUCCGAUGGUCAUACGGCUGAAGAGCUAUGCUCUAAAGGAGAUGGGUUGACUUACAAUGACUUCCUGAUUUUACCUGGCUUCAUCGACUUUACCUCAGACGAAGUGGACCUGACAUCGGCGCUGACCAAGAAGAUCACACUGAAGACCCCUCUCAUCUCCUCUCCCAUGGACACUGUCACAGAGUCGGCCAUGGCCAUCGCUAUGGCGCUAAUGGGAGGCAUUGGCAUCAUUCACCACAACUGCACGCCAGAAUUCCAAGCCAACGAAGUCCGCAAGGUCAAGAGGUUUGAGCAGGGUUUUAUCACAGACCCAGUUGUGAUGAGUCCGCGCCACACAGUCGGGGAUGUGUUUGAGGCCAAAGUAAGACACGGCUUCUCCGGGAUUCCUGUCACGGAGACGGGCAAAAUGGGCAGCAAACUGGUUGGCAUCGUCACCUCCCGAGAUAUUGACUUCCUGUCUGAGAAAGACCACGACAAACACCUGGAGGAGGCCAUGACAAAGAGGGAGGAUUUGGUCGUGGCUCCAGCUGGUGUUACACUGAAAGAAGCCAAUGAUAUUCUGCAGCGCAGUAAAAAAGGCAAGCUUCCCAUUGUAAAUAAUAACGACGAGCUGGUGGCCAUUAUCGCCAGGACGGAUCUGAAGAAGAACAGGGACUACCCACUGGCCUCCAAAGACUCACGCAAACAGCUGCUGUGCGGCGCCGCCAUCGGCACCAGGGAGGACGACAAAUACAGACUGGACCUGUUGGUGCAGGCUGGAGUGGAUGUUGUUGUGCUGGACUCUUCACAAGGCAACUCAGUGUAUCAGAUCAACAUGAUAAAUUAUAUUAAACAGAAGUAUCCAGAAUUGCAAGUGGUGGGAGGAAAUGUGGUUACAGCAGCCCAGGCCAAGAAUCUGAUCGAUACUGGUGUCGACGCUCUGAGAGUUGGCAUGGGCUGUGGCUCCAUCUGCAUCACACAGGAAGUCAUGGCAUGUGGGCGGCCCCAGGGGACCUCGGUGUACAAGGUAGCAGAGUAUGCCAGGCGCUUCGGUGUGCCAGUCAUUGCCGACGGCGGCAUUCAGACUGUGGGCCAUGUGGUGAAGGCUCUGUCUCUCGGGGCCUCGACUGUUAUGAUGGGCUCGUUGCUAGCGGCAACCACUGAGGCUCCAGGGGAGUACUUCUUCUCAGAUGGCGUGCGGCUGAAAAAGUACCGUGGCAUGGGCUCCCUGGACGCUAUGGAGAAGAGCACCAGCAGCCAGAAGCGCUAUUUUAGUGAGGGCGACAAUGUGAAGGUAGCCCAGGGUGUGUCAGGCUCAGUCCAGGAUAAAGGCUCCAUCCAUAAGUUUGUACCUUACCUGAUAGCUGGUAUCCAGCAUGGCUGCCAGGACAUCGGGGCGAAGAGUCUUUCUAUUCUCCGUUACAUGAUGUACUCUGGAGAGCUGAAGUUUGAAAAGAGGACCAUGUCUGCACAGGUGGAGGGAGGAGUUCAUGGACUCCACUCUUACGAGAAGCGGCUUUACUGAGCAGGGGGGAUGGAUCGCAGAUCAUCGGUGCACGUGACAUACCCAAUCUUAACAGUGACCAAAUGUUGAAAACCGCCACUUCUGCUAAAAAUACGCACCACCCACUACACCCUCUCUGCCCCCUCUCCUCCGUUGUAUCCCACCGUUACUCACUCUCUCUCCGAUCCCCGGCCGGCUGCUUUCGGGAAGAAAGAGACGUAGUAGCGAUGUGAGAAUCUCCAAACUGACACCUGGGAUUUUUGCACUCAAGAAGCGGCGCAUCAGGGUUUUUCCAAAAUGACAUACACACACCUGUAUCUUGAGUAUGCAGCUGAUCCCAGUUUAGUGCGUGUGUUGUUGACAGUAGUGAGAGAAUGAAUGCGUGUUUGGUGUGUGUGAUGUAGUUAAAAAUGUGUCAUGGGACAAACAACGUGAAGGUGCACUGUGUUUAUUUGUCCUGUUCAUGUUAGUGAGUCUAAACCAGCCAUGGUGCAGAUCACAUCAGCAUCUGAUGCGGCUUUUUUUGGGAUCCACGCUGACCAGCACGUUGCCCGUCUAAAGCCUGUCACACCCCAGCUAUUUAACACACCUGUACGUGAAGAACACACUUCUCUAUGUGCAGCGUGUCAGUGUAUCCUGGCAAUCUUCUAUUUUUGUUUUUGCAAUGUUACAGGUAGAAGCUACUGAAUGAACAGUAGCUCUUAUAUUUUGUUUACUUCCUUUAUUGCGGAUCCCGAGGUACGAGACAUGGCCGUGACUAUUAUCCUGUCGACUUUGUGUUCACCCCUACGAUCAGCAGACAGGACCCAGACCCACAGUUCACCACUGUGGACGUUCAUUUCCCCUUCAACGACAUCAUGACAAAUAAUCAGCGUCCCAUCUCAGUGCAUAGUGUUCAUAUGUUGAGCAUGGAAGGGACCAAAAGCUGAAGAUCAGGUAUGUUUGAAAGAACUAAAAAUCAAAUCAAAAAAUAGUUCCUAAUGAGGACUAUUUCUCUGGCCGAAAUUUGAAUACUUUUAGAUAAAAGCAAACUUUAUAUUAAACCUGUAUAGUCUCGGGGGGCUUUGAAACUGAGCAUGAAGUGUUUUUGAUAUGCAUGUUUGUUUUUUCACAAAGCCGAAACCUGGUUGUAUUUAUAUUCUGCUUUGUUGUAAUUGCAUACAUACUGCCAAGUGUCUUUACACUUCUUUUCUUUUGUAAUUUCAAAACCAAAAUUGGCGCAACGAGUUGCUUGUUACCCCUCGUCUCUUGUCCAUUCCUGCGUUCUCACAGUGUGGCAUAGGUUCUCAGCGAUUAGGUUUAUUUUAUUUCUUUUUUUUUUUUUUUAAUUUACCGGAGAUAUGCCUUGAAACGCGGAUGGAUAAAGGCUGCACACAACAGCUCAGUGAAAAAGCAUAGUGCUACACACCCUCUCGCCUCUUUUUCUUACUUUGAAACAGCUGUGUUUGUUAUCAUUCAGCUUCUGUAGGAGUAGGCUUUUCUAACAUUUUCAUACUGGAUGUCCUUUUGGCCAGAUGUAAUUUUUUCUUUUUUUUUUUUUUUUUUUAUUAAAAUGUCCCAGAUUGUAAGAGUUGAGUUGCUUUCUCUAAUGUGCUAAUGUACUUUACCCCGCACAGGGUUCACUUGACUAACAAAAGCCUUGCAAUUGAACUAAAUUGCGAAAAAAAUGUACAUGGAAAUAUAUGGAGAAAUAUAUACCUAUAUACAGUUGGAAAUGACUGCUGCUUGUUUUCAGUGUCCCAUCUAAAGAGAGAAUUCAGGUUUUUAAAAUAUCUUAUUUGUAAAAUACUGAGUCCAGUCAGUCCAUCUGAAAAGCUCAAACACAGUGAUAACUGAGGUGUUAGGUUUACGUUAUUGUUUUUUUGACGAGUUGCACUUUUGUAUGAUUUCAGCUUCAUUAUUUCGAAGCAGCUACAGUUGUCAGAACACAGUCGUAGCUGCAACCAACAACCAAAACAAUAAACAAGGGCUUUUUAGAUGGAUGGAAAGACUCAGUAUUCAAUAAAUCCAUCAAGGGUUUUUGAGGAAUAUCACUUCAGAACAUGUUUACAGUAAAACACUCAAAGGAAAGUUGCUUUUGCUUUCAGUAUGGUUAAAAAAAGAAUAAAUAAAUGAAACUGUG